AUAUGAUGAAAAUAUAGUUCUAUCAACUAAAUAUAUUGAUAUAAUAUCACGAAAUUUAUCUGAAUUUCAAAAUGAAAAUAAUAAUGAUAUGAAAAGAAGAAAUACAGUGAACCAUUUGGAUAAAACAAAUGAGAGUUCCAAAAAUUCAUAUAAUAAUGAAACACUUACAUUAGAAAAUAAACAUUACAAUGAUAUGUCAAAGAAUUUAACUAAAAAGGAAUUAUUUGAUGUAUUAAAUUCAUUAAAGGAAUGUCCAUCAAAUGAAGAUCUUAGAAAUAUAUGGUCUCACACAGUUGAUAUUGCAAAAGAAGGUUUGGAUAAUCUAUUAAAAGAGUCAAAGACAUCAGUACAAAAAUAUUUAGAUAAUAAUAUUCACA